GGGCCGGCGGCGCUUGGUUUUGAUAACAAAAGUAAACACUAUUUAACCACGGUCCAUCCACGAUGAUGGUGAACAUUUAUAACGAUAUUAUUCCGUCAGAUAGGUAUUUCAAAUCAGCACUACCAAUCAAACAUCACCAUUCACCUCCUUCCACGGCCUAUUCCGAUCGAUACCUACGACGCGUUCAGAACGUAUUCUUAUAUCGGCCGUUUCGACGACGUGUUCCAUUUCCGUUCGCCUCAUUUCGCCGCACCGGCGUGGUUGCCCAACGGUCGCGGUUUCGAUUCGUGAUAACUAGUUGAUACCAGAUUACAAUAUAAUGCUAUGAUGUUUUGUCAUGGUUGAUGCGCAGCGUCAAAGCACCUGUUACUACCUACCUACCACCGUAGUACCACGAGUUUCGACAACUGUUGAAUGUUGAAUGUUUAUACGUUUUGUUUCGUUCUGUCCGUGUGUACUUCGUUUGCGUUUUGCCGUCGAUCCCCGCGCAAAAUCCACCACUUAAGGAUAGCCGAAAGCGUUGUCGUCGGUCGAUAUAAUUAAUUUGUCGAAUACCGUCAACUUGUCGGAGCCUAAGGGUUAGCACGCGUAUUCUUCAACGAGUUCAGAGCCACAUCGAAUUUUCGUAGACGCAUACAAUCAUUGUUCAGCCACCCCCAUUAAACUGUAAUUUAAUCGUUUACUGACAUGGCUUCAAAAAACUCGAGCAACAAUGAUAAUGAUGAAUGGAAACUUUCGUUGUACGAAUUGCAAAGGACUUGUCAUGAAGUUAUUACAGACGAUACAGAAAUUGAGGUACCCCUGGAGUCUAUUCACAAAGAUCUGAUGUGCCCGAUUUGUCUGGAAUUAUUGAACAAAACAAUGGCAACUAAAUGUCUCCACAGAUUCUGUUCUGAAUGUAUUGUGACUGCACUUCGUGCCGGUAAUAAAAAAUGCCCUACGUGUCGUAAAAGGUUAAUAUCCAAACGGUGUCUGCGACCCGACCAUAAUAUCGAUUUGCUCAUAUCUAAGCUAUUUCCAAAUCGUGAAGAAUUCAAUGAACAUCGAAAUAAAAUUAUAGAGAACUUAAAUCAGAGUCAAAGUCAUGAUAAUAUAGUAAAAUCCAUGACUGAAGGGUUAAAAAUACAAAAACAAAAACGUUCGUACAAUACUAAAAAUAAACGAAGCGCUGAGCAAACUAAAAGUAGCUCAUCAAAUAUGUUGGCACCAUCAACUUCAAGUCAAGUGGAUAAUAAUGUGACAGAGUCGACAGUGCAGACAAAUGGAACAAAAAAAAAGAAAAUUACAGGACUUGAUUCGGCAACUGUAACCUCCAAUAUCAUUGAAUGCGAUGGGGCGUUUGAUGGUGUGUCAUCAAGUGAUAUGGAACUGAUAUUUAAACCUCAUCCUAAGGAAAUGCAUAAUAACAAUCAACAAGAAGAGGACUCAAUCAAAGCUGAUUCACGUUACAUAAAAGCACCAUAUCUCGCUACUGUUGCACACAUGAGCCGUUAUUUAACCAUACGGUUAAAUUUAGUUCAAGGAAGAGAACUUUUAAGCGAUAAUGGAGAUGUUCUGAUGUAUAUUUCACAAGCUGCUGAUCAAUAUGUUCUUCUCGAUAACAAUUUAACACUUCAAAAUGUUCAAGAGAAAUUUUUUAACGCCAAGAAAGAGAAACCGAUGGAAAUUUUUUACUCUUAUAAUUAAAUUUUUAUUUACUUGAGUUGUAAAUAUAAGAGAGUUUUCUACAAAAAUUAAAAUCUAUUAUAUCUAGUGUAUUUUCAAAAAGAAUUUAUUGAUUGUGGUAAAUUCUAUCACGUUUACUAUUAUUCAUUUUCAAUUGAAAACUGUUCCAUUUUUAUUUUUCAACUAUUUAAAAAAUUAUAUUUUUAAUUU